CCAGUGCGCCUGCUACACGUACUCCCAGCCUCGGGUCCGAGUCAUCGAUUUUUUGCAACAAAGCAGCGCCGCUCACUGUCUAGUAAUUUCCGCCAGUAAUUGAAAGACCCGUCCCCGCAGCAGGGGCCCCGCUGCCGUACAUCCGGUCGAGACCGCGCCGCGCGCGAUUUGCACCCGCCGACAGACAAUUUCUCAAUGACCCCUCGCCGACCGGCCGCAGGCGUCGUCUACCGGCUCUGGAGAGGAGUGUCGGCGCAUGAAGGGCGUCCCUCUCGAGCUUUCUUUCUCCUCCCCCUCCGGGUUACCUCGUCAUGUCUGCCCCUGUACUACGUGCCCGCGCAUCUUCGGACGACUUCAACCAGAAUCCGUAUGGCUAUGUGCCCACUGAAUGGAUAUGCAUUCUAUUCUUGGUAUUGUUCUCUUUGUCUACCGGUGCGUUGCCAUUAUUUCGAGAGACAGUGAGCGCUAAGUUCAAUGCUCAUCCCGCCCGGACAGCCCUUCAUUCCGUAGAGACACUGCACACUCGUCUGUGGUGGCUUAUACCCACCGCAUGCACCGCAGGUGCUCUUGAGAUCUUGGGCUGGGUAGGGAGACUAUGGUCCAGUCUGAACGUCGACGCGGAAAAUCCAUAUUUGAUGCAGUACGUCCUAGCCCCAUCAGGAAAGUGCACCACCUGCCUAUUUUGCCUCAUCGAGGCAAUGAGGCAAUUAGACACUCUGAGACGGGCUGUCUCAUACAUGUCUCAUUUGAGUAGAUUAUUUCUCAUCUGAG